CAAAGGCUAAGGGGAAAAUCGUAAAAAAAAAAAAAAGAAAAGAAAAAAAGUCUUCGUCUUUUAUUUUGUAUAGAUCGAUCGUGGUUCUCUCUGGUUCAGGAGGGGGUAUUGCGGUUGAUGAUGGGAUUUUGCAUGUGUCAGUUGAAGUCUCCGGCAAGACUACUGUGGAGUACAAGCUUCUUCCGCCAUAAGAUCAUGAUCUUCUAAUCCGCCUUUUGUUUCCAUCUCUCUCUCUCUCUCUCUCUCUCUCUUUCUUGCAACCCAAUCCUCUCUCUCUCUGUUUCUUUAAGUUCCUUUUUUUUCUGCUGGUAAAUCGAAUCGAUGGAAUCCAAUAAGUUUUUCUUCAAUCCGUCUACUUCUCAUGGUAACAUGUUCUUCCUCGGUAAUCUCAAUCCCGUGGUCCAAGGAUCGAUGAUGAACAUGGAGGAAUCAUCAUCAAAGAGAAGACCCUUCUUUUGCUCCCCCGAUGAUCUCCUCUACGACGACGUCGACGUCGACUACUACGACGAUCACACACCCGACAAAAAGCGUCGCCUUACUCAUGAACAGGUGCAUCUGCUGGAGAAGAGCUUCGAGAAGGAGAACAAGCUGGAGCCAGAGCGCAAGACUCAGCUUGCCAACAAGCUUGGUCUUCAGCCCAGGCAAGUCUCCGUCUGGUUUCAAAACCGCCGCGCUCGUUGGAAAACCAAGCAGCUCGAGAGAGACUUCAAUCUCCUCAAGUCCUCUUACGACCAGCUCCUCUCUAACUACGACUCCAUCCUCAAGGACAACCAUCUCCUCAGAUCCCAGGUGACUUCCCUAGCCGGCAAGGUCCAAGCCAAAGCAGAGACAGCUCCUUAUCAAGUACCCGAAUCAAACCAGCUCGAUCCGGUGAACAUGAACCGGUUCGAACCGGCAAUCAAAACAGAGGAUCGGUUAAGUUCAGGGAGUGCGGUACUAGACGAAGACGCACCUCAUCAACUAAGAGACAGCUGCGACUCUUACUUCCCAACCAUUGUACCCAUCCACCACUCGGCGGAGGAACAUAACAACGGCAGUGGUAAUGACACUGGCUGUUUCGCUGACGUCUUUGUGCAAGGUGAAUCAUUUGGAUUCUGGGGCUGGACUUGAAAGUUAUAAAGCAAUCCGUAUAUUUUAUAAUGUUUGUGUCUAUGUGCGUUUGUUUUUCAAGUACAGUCACUUAACCCUGCAUAAUUUGUGGAGUAAUUCCGCAAUUCCACGGUAUUUUAUCAGUUA